CCGUUUUGUAUUUUGGCAGUUUGAGGUUCAGUCGCAGCCGACUGUGCAAUUUCCUUUUUGUUUACGCUUCUCCCAAAGAGAAUACAAGGAAGCAAAAUGGCCUUCUGCGUGUACAAGAACCUUGGGAUGGACAUUACAGUGGUACAGGAACCUUCUGAAGAUUGUCCUUCCUCUCCAGAGUGUAAGAGACCUAAGAAUAACUAUAUGGACAGUAGCCUGUCAGACGAUGACUACAGCUACCCGUGUGACAGUUGUGACCUGGAGUUUUCAUCUGCCAUGUCCUUGUGGAAACAUGUAGGGAACAUGCAUGGAGGAAGACUGACCGCUCAGUUGAGGAACAUAGUGGACACUCGUGCUGACAUGCAUGAUAUCACUGGGGAGAUAGGAAGCCAGACAGAACUCAAGGAUGACAUUAACAUUUGUGACAUUAUUAAGCAGGAAGAGACCCAAGCAGAUGACGCAGACACAAAGGACAUUAACACGUGUGACAUUAAUAGGGAGGUAGAGACCCAAGCAGAACGCAGACUCAAAGGACAUUAACAUGCGUGACUUUACUGAUGAGAUGGGGACCCAGGGAGAGCACGCAAACAUAAAGGACAUUAACACGCGAGACUUUAUUGGGGAGGUUAGGACCCAGGCAGAGGACGCAGACACAAAGGACAUUAACACACGUCACAUUUUUUGGGAGAUAGGGACCCAGGCAGAGUACGGAGACGCAAAGGACAUGAACACACAUGAAUUUAUUGGGGCGAUAGUUGCCGAGGCGGUGAACAUAGACACUAAGGACAUUAACAUGUGUUACAUUAUUGAGGAGACGAGCAGUCACAAACAGAGCAGUGAUUGUCGAGAAGUUACCCUCCAGGACAGUGUCAUCAAGGAAGACAGAAGCAACGGAGGUGGGGGGAUAUCGACAGAAACCAAUAACACCCAGAAACAUGGACAGAAUCGAGGCGAGAAAGUCUCCAAGUGUCCUAAAUGUGUGAAGGAAUUCAAUACAAAGGGUGAACAGAAGACACACAAGUGCCUCAGAAAGGUCAAUUCUUUUCCUUGUGGGGAGUGUGCGAAAACGUUUCCGCGUCCAAGUAACCUUAAGAAACACAUGAGUGUUCACAGUAAAGAAAAACCUUAUUCGUGCAAGCACAGAGGGUGUGAGAAAACAUUUUCAAUCCUAAGAAACCUGAAUCGACAUAUGAGAACUCACAAGGAAGACAAACCUUUUUCAUGCAGCCAGUGUGAGGAAACAUUCACACAAUCAAGUGAGCUGAAGGACCAUAUGCGGAGUCACAGUGGAGAAAUACCUUUCUCUUGCAAACAAUCCCCGGCAAGCAUGGCAGUUUCUCCUGAGCCAGUGGGUUUGGAGGACACAUCUGACAUCAAAGGCGAGGUGUUGGACACCAAGGACUUUCAAGCAGUUGUAGAGACAUUUCGGAGACUCCACCCAGCCAAACGACAAUGUGACCCUACACGAGUACUAGACUCCAAACUUAAAGAAUGGAGAGCUAAAUGCAUGACAGCUGUGGGUUUGGAAUCGGAGAAGACCUACUUUGGGGGAGCCUACAAGGAACACCUGGCAGUUUCCGUGAUAUCUCGUAGGUGUUAUGAUACUGCAUCGAGCAUCAUGACACAGUAUCGACUCAACCAACAUCCGAAACAGAAAUCCACGACUGUCAACAGGGCGCUUUUCAAGGAAGUCCCAGGAACACGAGACGAGGAAGCCUUGUACCAGGCACUGCUAGACUUUAAAGAUGGAAGGAUCGGAAAAGAAAAGUUUAACAGGACUCUAAAGAUAAUGAAACAGGGAAAGAAAAAAGACGAAAUGUCCUGGAAAAGGGAAAAUGAAAAGUUGAGACAAGAACUGAAAAGGCAGCAAGCAAUUGUUGAGAGUCAGGAGAAGAGGAUUGCUACCUUAGAAGCAGAACUAACGAUUUUGAAGGCUGGUACCUCACAUGGCAAUGGCCUAUCACAAAUGGAAAUAGUGGAAUCUAGUGAUCAGACUGUCUCGGAAAACCUGAUCCAUGGAGCAAAAGAGGAUGAGAGUAUGACAAUUGGGAAAAUGAUGGAGGGCAAGGAUGAAGAUACAGGAAUGUGGUUCAAGGUGAAAAUUAUAGAGGAAAGAAAUUCUCGUGUGAAGGUUCACUGGAUGGGUUAUUCUAAAGACUAUGAUUCCUGGAUAGAGCAGAGCCUCCUCAGACCCCUCAAGGCAAAGUUUUCAGAAGGGGACAAGGUUACCGCCCGCUACAACUUAUCGAACAGGACAAUGUAUCCAGCCAUAGUGGUGUCCGUGGAUGGGGACAAGGUACUUCUUCAUUAUGAAGAUGGGUUGGAGAAGAAAAUCCACCAAAGAUAUGUAGAAGAAAGACACAGUGCAGCCUAAUGCAAUGCUCACCAAAUUCUAAUCAAAACUUAUGUACGACUGCAUCGUAUAUUGUUUAUAAUAUAUUGCGUAGGCAGAUCAUGAUUAUCUAACUAAGGUAUCUUUUCUUUAUUUUAUACAUCAUGAAUAAAUCAAUUUAACUUUCAA